AUGGUGGACCAUUCUCUCCCAAGGAAACUUCUCGUAUUCGGUGCAACCGGCCUAAUUGGACGCCACAUCAUACAGGAAGUUUACGACGCACGAUCGUCGUUCGAGAAAAUCGGCUUCUUCACUUCAAAUUCUACUGCAAAUGACAAAUCAGAGGAGAUUAAAGAUUGGAAAAGAAAAGGAGUCGAGGUGAUUGUCGGUGACGUCAAUUCUGAGCAAGAUGUUGCAAAGGCCUGCGCAGGCUAUGAUACUGUCAUCUCCGCCCUAGGCCGGAACGCUAUUCUUGCUCAGAUACCCCUCAUCAAGGUCGCAGAAGCUUCACCAUCCAUAAAUUUCUUCUAUCCUUCUGAGUAUGGAACCGACAUCGAGUAUGAUGCUUCUUCCGCGUCCGAGAAGCCGCACCAGCCCAAACUGCAAGUACGCAAGUACAUUCGCGAAAAUACGGAGAAGCUCAAAGUCACGUACCUCGUGACCGGUCCGUACUCUGAUUUAUACUUUGGAAAGAGUCCAGAACCAAAAGCCGGUACCUUUGACGUAAGAGCACGCAAAGCCACGCUGCUGGGUACUGGGGAGGAGCAAGUCAGUUUCACAACGGAGAAAGAUGUUGGUCGCUUGCUCGUUGCAGCAUUGAAGACUUCAACGGGCGAGCAUGAGCGCAUUCUCAAGGUCAACUCAUUCACGGUGACAUCUAAGGAUGUACUGGAGCAUUUUGAGAAGCAGAUAGGUGGGACAUGGGAGGUGAGCUACAUGCCACUGGAAGAGCUGAAGAAGGCAGAGAAGGAAGCUUGGGAAACAGACUCAUCGUUCAAGACAGGGUACACCUUGAGGCGGAUAUGGACGGAGGGUAAAACAUUGUAUCCCGAGAGUGACAACAGCAAGAUAGGAUUCAUGGAACCUGAAACAAUGGAGGAACAAGUCAGGAAGGUGAUUGAAAGGCAGAGCUGA